AUGUUCUUUGGUUUGAACUCCAGAACAUCCAAAAACUCGAAAAGUCUUUGCGACCCAACUUCAUGUUGCUUUGUGUCAAUCAACAAAUUAACAUAUCUCUGGGUUAAGGAAGAAGUACCGAACAAGGAUGAGUGUCUGAGCUCUAGUGUUAGCAAUCGAAGAUACUCGACAUUCGAAACUUUGCAUAAUUCACUCAAAAUAGAUUUGAGUAGAAUUAUGAUAGAUUUCAAAAGAGACUUCUCUGAUGCAAUAGAACCAAGUUCGAGUUUGGACCCCAGAGACAUUGAUCUUGUUUCGAAACCAAGUAAGAAGUGUGUUAUACUUCUAAGUCCGGGCUUUGAAGCAGGAAUGUUUUGA